UUCGUGCAACAUAUUUUGAGUGAGACUGAAAUUGUUUAAUUAUAUAAUGCUGCUUCUUUUAAUUUCUUGCAUCAGUAGUGCAUUGCUUUCGUUUUGAAUUGCCGCUUUUUGAUAAAAUACAACUGUGGAUUCCUCACACAGUCCUAGUAGUGGAAUGGCAGGCUAUAUCAGCAGAUCUGUAUCGCUGAGUCCUAUUGAUCCUAAUCCUCCAAGCCUGCCAAAUAUUUCUUCCAAUAACAUGAAGCAAGGAAAUGGAAGUUCAUCCCCAAGAACUGUGGAUCUUACAACUUCACCUCUCAAGAUUUUUGUAUUAGCCAAAAAGAAAAUAAAUGAUGUUUUUGCUGACAUAAAUGAUUAUGUACAAGAAACUUAUGUAUUUUUGAAAGAUGUAUGCAGUGAUACAGAAAUAGUAACAGAGGGUCAGAUUCAAGAAGUAUAUAAUUUACAAGAUAAAAUUAAAGGUAUACGAGAAGUGCUUACGAGAGAUCAUAUGAAAGUUGUAUUUUUUGGCAGGACAAGUAAUGGAAAAAGCUCAGUGGUUAAUGCCAUGCUGCAGGAUAGAAUCCUACCUAGUGGAAUGGGCCAUACUACUAAUUGUUUUUUGCAAGUAGAAGGUUCAGAUUCAUCAGAAGCUUAUGUUCUUACUGAAGAUUCUACAGAACCUCUUAAUAUUCAGUCAGUCUCUCAGCUAGCCCAUGCUUUAAAUUCAGAAAAAUUUGGAGACAGUUCUUUAGUUCGCAUUUUUUGGCCUACAGACCGCUGUCCUCUUUUGCGUGAUGAUGUUGUUUUGGUUGAUAGUCCUGGUAUUGAUAUAUCACCGAAUUUGGAUGAAUGGAUUGACAAACACUGUGUGGAUGCUGAUGUUUUUGUUCUAGUUGCAAAUUCUGAAUCAACAUUAAUGGUCACUGAAAAAAAUUUCUUCCAUAAAGUCAGUGAGAAACUUUCAAAACCAAAUAUAUUUAUUUUGAAUAAUAGAUGGGAUAACUCUGCUUAUGAGAAUGAGUUCUUAGACAAAAUUAGGAAACAACAUAUGGAUCGUAAUGUCAGUUUUCUUGUCGAUGAACUCAAAGUUGUAAGUCGCUCACAAGCAGAGAAUCGAGUAUUUUUUGUUUCUGCAAAGGAAGUUUUGCAGGCUCGUAUACAGCAACAGAAAGGAAAACCACCACACACUGGUGCGCUUGCAGAUGGUUUUCAAGCACGCUAUUUUGAAUUCCAAGAAUUUGAAAGAAAAUUUGAGGAAUGCUUAUCGAAAUCUGCUGUUAAAACUAAAUUUGAGCAGCAUACUCAAAGAGGAAAAACUAUUACUUCAGAUUUACGCAAAUUACUUGACAAUGUUCAUGAGACAGCUUCUAAACUGAGGGCUCAAAAGUUAGCUCUCAGGAAAGAACAAUAUGACAGGUUGGAUUUCACUCAGCAGCAAUUGAGCAUCCUGACCCAGGAAGUCAAGCAUGAAAUCUGUCAGAUUGUUGAAAUGGUUGAACAGAAAGUUGCUGGAGCUCUAAGUGAAGAAAUUCGAAGAUUGAAUGUGCUUGUCGAUGAGUUCGAAAGACCUUUCCACUCAGAUAGUUUAGUUUUGAGUGUUUAUAAAAAGGAGCUUAAUAGUCAUGUUGAACAAGGAUUAGGAAGUAAUCUGAGAGGGAAGUUGUCUAAUCAAGUACAGAUGUUGGUAGAAAAUACUCAAAAAGAUAUGAUUGAUCGUAUGUCUUCUCUAAUACCUCCAGAACAUCGUCCAAAAAUGAUGAAUGUUUUACCUCGUCACAGUUUUGAAGUUCUCUAUCGCCUAAAUUGUGAAAGCUUGUGUUCCGAUUUUCAGGAAGAUUUAGAAUUUAGAUUUUCUUUGGGGUUAGUAAAUAUUAUAAAAUGUUUUCUUGGCCCCAAUAAGUCUAAGAAAGUUCUUGGAAGAAGAAUUGAAUCGGUACCAUGGCCUAUUCCAAGUACUCCUCAGACACCCAGCAAUGAAGUGCAGAUUGCAUCUCCAUCCCCAGAAUAUCUUGCUCUUCUCAAACUGGCCCUAUCAUCUUCUUCAUCACAGACGGCUGUUGGAAUACUUGCCGUUGGUGGAUUUCUUCUCAAAACUGUUGGCUGGCGUGUUAUAUUUGCCACUUUUGGUAUUUAUGGUUUACUCUAUGCAUACGAAAGAUUAUCUUGGACGAAUAAAGCAAAAGAAAGAACAUUCAAAAAGCAAUAUGUAGGUCAUACAACAAGGAAGCUAAGACUUAUUGUUGACCUCACCAGUGCUAAUUGCAGCCAUCAAGUUCAACAAGAAUUAUCUAGUACAUUUGCCCGUUUGUGUCAUCUUGUGGAUGAGGUAAUAUCCGAUAUGCAGAAUGAGAUAGGACUACUUGAUCAGGAUACUCAAAAAUUAGAAGAAUCUAGUGUUACUUCUCGAACUUUACGGAAUAAAGCCGACUACUUAUUUAGUGAGCUAGAAACCUUUUCUGAACAGUAUCUGCAAUUUGAUCAGUGAUGAAUUUAUUAGAACUCAUUUAAAUUGUCACUAACUACUGAGUGCUGUUGCUAAAUGACUUUAUUUUAUUUCGUUUUGAUGUAGAUAUUAAGUCAAGCUUUGUUAUGCAUGUAAAAUUUCUAUUGUGAUAAUAUAAACAUAUGAAAUUGUAUGUGUACUAUGUUCCAAAGAUUUUUGUGAAUUUUGAAAGUUUAUUUGAAUCUCUGUUCAUAUGUGGCAUCUAUUUUCAAUUAAAUUCAUCUGUUAAUUUAAAUAUAAUCUCUAAAUUAUGCAUGCUUUUUUUUCUCUCUCUCUUAAGUUAAAAUUCUCUAAAUUGUACAUAUCGUAGCGUUCCUAUUUUAAAUAAAUUUUGUUUUGCUUUUUUCUUUAUUAUUAUAUUCAAAAUAUCAUUUAAAACACAUUGUUAAAGUGCAUUUAUUAUAUUAUUGAUAAUGGUAUGUUGUGCUCCAAAUGUUUUUAAUAAAUGCAUGUGAAUUAUUGCAUGUUGUUUUUAAUUCAAUUGUUCAGUUUAAUGUGAAUUUCUUAAUUCAGAUGAUUUUAUAUGCUUUAUAAAUAUUCUCUCAGAAUGCUUACAUGUAUUCUCAAAGUUAUAUUUUGAGAAAAUAACAUAUAAUGUAUUUUAGUAAAAAAUAGAAUUUGAAUGCUGUUCUACAUACUUUAUUUUUAAUGCUUUUUUAUUUAAUAUUCUAUCACACUCCAUAUUUUUUUUUAUUUGAGUUUGGAACAUAUUUUAUUAUUUUUAUUAGAAAUCCUGAACUUCAGUGUGAAAGCUUUCUUUAAUUAAAAAUUGUCAGCUUAGAAAAUUUGAUUUUGUAUUAUGCAUGUUUGAUAAUUUUUAUAACUAAAACUCUUUAGUAUUUAAAUAUUUCACUUGGCUUUGAAAUGCAAAAUUUUCCUUUUAAGUUUUCUGUUUUAUAAGAUUGUAAUGAAAUGAAUAAUUUUUAGAAAAAUAACAUUUGGACCUCUGUAUAUUCCUUGAGAAGAAUUUGAUCAAUAGAAAUUUUAUUUUAUAGGAAUAAAUAUUUUAAAACAUUCAUCAUUUUCUUGCUGAAGAUAAUUAUUCUUUGUUAAUUUUUUAGAAUUUAAGUAAACAUAAAAAUUAACCACUUAAAGACAUUAACUGUCAUGUAUAUACAUUGCAUAGAACAAAUUAAUUUGGACUUCGUCCUAAAGUAUGAACCUACCACAAAAACUUUUUAAAAAAUGUACAAAUAUUUCAUAUGAAAAUUUGCUAUGUACUAAGUAUAUAUAUAUAAUAUCUGUUGUAUGCAAUAAAAAACUAAACUAAAAGUUUAUUUUCUUUCAAAUAUAUUUUUUAUCUUGCUUUUUCAUUUUCUAUUAAGCUAAACUUUAUUUUUAAAUUUCCAAACCUUAUUUCAUUAAAAGAAAUCUAAAACUAAUCUGAAUUUCAAGCAAAAAUCUCACUAAAUUGUAAGAAAGAUAUUAAUAGGGUAAAAACUUAAGAGUCCCCCCCCCCUUUCAUAAACUUCACUCCUGUUUUUGUAAAUUUCGGUUGCAGUACAAACCAAUAAUUAUUUUUUAAGAUUAUUCUAUUCUGUUUUCAUAUUUUAUUUAUAUUCCUUAUGCACAAAAUGUACUAAUUGUUUUUGACUGUAAUGGGUGACAUAAAUAUUUGUGUGUGUAAUUUUUAUUCAAUACAUUAAAAAAAAACUUUUCUAUCUUUUUUAAAUGAAAAAAUCUAAGGUUUCUGAAAAAGUUUAAUAUAUAAUGAUUUUUAUUGCAUGGAGGUUUGAUUUAUGUACGAGUAAGGAAUCCAUAACACAUUUUUCUCCUUCAAAAGUUUCUUUGACAAUGCAGCCACUCAAAUAUGCAAACAAGAUCUAGAUACUGUCUUGCCAAUUUUAUCUGUGCAUAGAUUUAUAAUAGAACUGUGAUUAUGAAUAAAGUCAUUCAAGUGAA